UUGAUUUUUCGGAAAGUUUCUGAGUUUUUCAUUUUCGCAUUCGUUCUCGGGAUUUUUGAUAAAUAGCCUAUUGUUAGAUAACAACAUUGAACAUGGCUACAACCUUGUGUCGUUUUUUGAAAGAGACAGUGGUGAAAUCAAGUCGAGUUCCUGUAGUUUUUGCCCAUACUUUGUCACAGACGGAAGCUUUGAAGUCAGAUUCCGUACCAGUUGAAAAGUUGGCAAAUCAGAAUGAUAGUUCCGUGUCCACACCAGAGGGAGACCGAGCACCUGUUAAAAUUGACAGAUUUUAUCGUGCCAACGCAAAUCUCCAGGGUGCAAUUCCAGAGUUUACAGGUCAUGCCUUGGGGUUGGAACAGUAUGAAGUAUUAACAAAGGAUGAAACAAAGGAUGUAUAUUCAACGGGAGUAAUACACAUGACACCUCAGUUUGGACAGAUAGAAAACCCCCACGUGAUACCAUCAACAAAAGAGAAACGCUUAAUUGCAUGUUUAUGUGAUGAGGAUUCUAACAAACUUCAGUAUAUGUGGCUACACAAGGGAGAACCACAAAGAUGUCUAUGUGGAGUAUUCUUCAGGUUGGAAGAGGUUGACGCUUUUGGAGAUCCUAAGUGACAUUUGAAUUACUUUAUGUAUAAAUAUGACUGUACAAAACUUUGUUUGUCAAUGUUAUAAAAACUGUUUAUACUCAUGUUUUCAAUAAAUACUAGGAUUGAA